UUGAGAUAGAUUUAAUCGUAUUAGAAUCCCGUCCAAACCCUAGAAACACAAACGAGAGCCAUAUUUAAAGCUCCGACGUUCAUCGCAAUUAAGUUAUUUCGCCAAAGAAGAGAGCGCCGAGGAGAAGUAGCUUGUUUUCAGCGCAGCAGAAGCAAUGGUGAACGUUCCAAAAACUAAGAAAACCUUCUGCAAAAACAAAGCAUGCAGAAAGCACACUUUGCACAAGGUUACUCAGUACAAGAAAGGCAAGGACAGUCUUGCAGCCCAAGGAAAACGGCGGUAUGAUCGAAAACAAUCAGGCUAUGGAGGCCAGACAAAACCUGUCUUUCACAAGAAGGCAAAAACAACAAAGAAGAUUGUUUUGAGGUUGCAAUGCCAGUCUUGCAAACAUGUCUCACAGCAUCCAAUCAAGCGAUGCAAACACUUUGAGAUUGGUGGAGACAAGAAGGGGAAGGGAACAUCCCUUUUCUAGAUGGGAGGUUAUGUUCUGCAUUUGCUUGAACAGUUUACACUGUUUAUAUCUACAGAUACCUAUCUGAGACAAAAGAUCUGUUUUGACUGUAGAAGUGAGUUACACGGAAGCAAUCUAUUGAAGAUAACUAUUUAGUUUUGACAUUCGAGUAAUGUUUUGAUGAUAAUUAAAAAACUUAAAUUUUUUUCUUUCA